AUGCCCUCGCUCCGCUCUCUCACACUCUUUUCCGCCGCAACGCUGGUCGUUGUGGUUCAGAUGGCCAUUGGGGCCGCGAUCCCGGGUGCUGAAAUCGAGCGAACGCUGUCCGAGAUCCGCGAGGCACCUCAACUGUCUUCGCCGUUCGCCUCUUCUUCCGGUCAGGGAGCGUCAAGCUCUGCAGGCCAUGGGGAUUUUGGCUGGGAGAGCAUGGUGCAUGAGCAGGAUCUCCACAAUCCAUACGCUCCAAAACACGGUGUCGAGGCCACGGCGUGGAGCCGUCUGGAUACGGACAUGGAUCUGCUCCGAUUGGACUGGAACCACAUCUCCAAGUAUCCAUACCACGAGCUAAGCUUCCCGCAGCGUAAGCUGUCCCUUCAAGAAGUCAAGGCGGAGUUCUUCAGGCAAUCCGAAACGCGACUGCAGGAUGCCCCGGAGACGGUCACGACGUUCCAGCCAGGGUCCGAUCCGCAGGAGUUUGCGACUUUCAUGGACAGCGUAGCUCGUCGCGAUAAAGGAUUUGGCAUGUGGCGGAUGCAGGUGGGAGAUCGCCACUUCCUCCUGGCUCAACUCAACGUCCGGAACGGGCUGUUCAAUAGCAUUCAUGGCUACAAUGCAGACCGACACCACAUCAUCCUCGGAGUCUGGCAGGAGAUCGGCGGUCCGGGCUCGAACAUCUAUCAGUACCUCGGUGCAUUCCGUGGCGCGCACAGCCGGCCCUUUGUGCAGUACAGGACGCGCGUCUUGUCUGAAACGGUGAAGCCAAUCGACAGAGUCCGCAUGCUGGGAUCCUCGAGCGUAUACAUGAAGCUUUACCAGUAG